AUGUCAUCUUCCACGGAAAUCCAAGAUAUGAUAUCGGAGCUGAAGAGAAGCCAUACGCAGGUUCCUUGGUGCGACGAAUACGAGAAAAUGAUAAGUGGAAUGAGCUUUACGGCCUCGAGAUCUCCCGAACUCCAAGACCAUAAGCUCCGAACACUUACAUCGCUGAAUGAAUUCAAUGAGACAACUAUUCCUGAAGGAAGUACGCUUGCAUCAUUAAAGACUCGGCGUAUGACCGUCGCUAAAGACCUGCUGGGUAAAACGGGAGAGAGAGUAAAUAUCGAGCCGCCCUUUUUUGUUGGGUGGGGCUGUAACGUCUUUAUUGGGAACGAUGUAUACAUCAAUCGCGAAGACCUCUGGGCUCAUAGUGCAUCCCUUUUUGAUAAUGCAUUUAUCCGAAUCGAUGAUCGCGUUCUGAUCGGGCCCGGUGUGUGUAUCUGCACGGGUACACAUCAACCCGACGCAAAGGACCGGAGAGAAAACAGUGGAACUUCUUUUGCUCGCCCAAUAAUUAUUGAGGCAGAUUGUUGGAUUGGAGCCCGGGCUACGAUUCUGGACGGUGUUCGUAUUGGAUCAGGCACUACAAUUGCAGCAGGAGCUGUGGUGACACGCGAUAUUGAACCACGGUGUCUUGCUGGGGGUAUACCCGCUAGGAUUAUUCGUAGAUUUGAGGAUGACUGA